AUGCACACCCACUGUAUGCUGGCAGCGAUGCUGCUCGUGCUGCUGCUGGUGCUGCAUGCCACUUCGACGCAUGCAGCGCCGCCAGAUGAGGAGGCUUCGACGUUGCAGGAGCUCCAGGAACAGCUGAAGGCUCUCAAAAAUCGAGUCGCUGAGCUAGAGACAAACGGCGCCCCCGGCCCCGCCGCCGCGACGCCGCUGCUGCCGCCCCGCGCCAACCUGCAGCGCACGCUCGCGCAGCGGCCCAGCGCCUGGGCCGACCAUGCCGCCCUGCUGGCUGCAGUCUCCGCCGACGCGCGCGUCACUGCGGCGGCCGGCCUGCCCGAGCCCCCAAACCCCGGCCGCGGCGCGCCGCUGCUCACAGUCAUCGGAGACUCGGAGGGCCGCCUCUACUUCUUCUCCCCGGACGGCGUACUGCUGCAUGAGCGCGCGACCACGGGGCCCCCCUCGGCCGUCACCGCGCUCGCCGCGUGCGGGCCCGGCGUGGGCAACCGGUCCGUGAUCGCGGCCGGGCGGGCGGACGGCGCCGUCGAGCUGCUGAAGGUCCUGCAUGACCACGCCGGCCCCCGCGGCGGCGCCGGCGGGGGCGCCGGCAGCUUCGCGGCGGCUUCCGGCGGUGGCGCGGUGUACUCGGUGGAGCCGCUGCUGCUGUCGACGGCCGCGGACCGACUGUCUGACCGCGCGGCGGCCGCGGCCGCGGUCGCAGCGGCGAUGGCGGCGGCCGGCGCGAAAAACGGCGGCAAGGGCGGGAGCGGCGGCGGCCGCGUGGGCGCAGCGGCGGAGGAGCAGCUGCUGCUGGCGGCGCAGCAGCAGCAGGAGGCGGCGGACCUUGGGCUCAACGGCAUCGUCGCCCUGCAGUGCAUCAA